AUGCCUCAUCUGCCCGAGCCCAUCCGCGUCGGCAUCCUCGGCCUGUCGGCCACAGGAAGCUGGUCCGUCGCCUCCCACCUGCCCGCACUGCUGUCCCUACCUGAGAGCUACAUCAUCGUCGCCGUGUGCAACUCGUCCGAGGCGUCAUCGCAGGCGGCGAUCGAAGCACACAGACUCCCCGCCACCACCAAGGCGUACGGCUCGCCGGAGCAGCUGGCCGAGGACCCCGACGUCGACCUCGUCGUGUCGUCGACCAACGUCGUUCUGCAUAAGCAGACGCUGCUGCCGAGCAUCAGGAAGGGCAAGGCAGUGUUCUGCGAGUGGCCGCUCGGGCGGAACCUGGCCGAGGCCGAGGAGCUGCUAGACGAGGUAAAGAGGCACAACGAUGGCGACGUGAGCCGGACCGUUAUUGGCCUGCAGGGGCGGUACUCGCCGGUGGUCAAGAAGCUGUCCGAGAUACUGUCGUCGGGACGGGUCGGCAAGCUGCAGCGGACCAGCUUCUCGGCCCCGGCGGGGUACUGCGGCGACGAGGGGCUGGAGGAGCACGAGUACUUUUUCCGCGCGGCCGACGGCGGCAACCUUGUCUCCAUCUUCUUCCUGCAUCUCAUCGAGUCGGUGCUGUUUGGGCUCGGAGGCAGGGAGUUUACGCAUUUCGACGUGGUGCUAGGCGGCGAGGGCGGCGAGGUUCAACUCAAGAACAGGAACGGCGACGUGGUGCGGACGAUUGUGCGCGAGACGCACAAGAGCGUGGCGAUCCAGGGCGUGCUCGACGACGGCUCCGAGCUGAGCCUGCAGCUUUGGGGAGGAAAGGGCGCGCCGGGCGACAAGGAGUCCACGUACUGGCGCGUGGUGGGAGAUAAAGGAGAGGUCCGGGUGCGAGGCACGGGGCCGAACCUUCAAAUGGGAGGCGAUGAAGUCAGCAUGAGCGUGUUGGACUACGCCUCGGGUGAAGUGGAGGAGGUGGCCUUGUCGGUGGAGGAGCUGAAGCCCGUGCAAGCCGGUAACGUGGCUAGGCUGUAUGCAAAGUUCGCAGAGGGCCAAGCUGGCGAGUAUCCCAACUGGGAGUGGGCUGUCAAGAGGCACAUGCUGAUUGACGAGAUGUACAAGAAGAACUCAGCGCGCGGCUAA